AUGCAAAAGAAAAAAUUUGAAUUAAAACAACGGCGAUCGAAUGAUAUGAAUCUUUCUAGAGUUCGUUAUUCUGUCCUUAUUGCUAGAUAUCCUCAAAACACGCCUCUAAAUACAAUUAUCAAUUUUAUUCAAUCACUUGUUAAAAGUAAAACUAUGAGUAUCUUAGAUAUUAGAAAUUUAAGGACAACACCAAAUGGUAUUGCGUUUUCUGUACCAAAUGAUAAUCAAUUUAAAAUAGUUUUGAGUUUAAAUGGUUCAAUGAUUUCGCAAACAAGAUUAUGGAUUACACGCUACCCAGACUCUGUUAAAAAGGAGAAUCACAUUCUAGAUAAGAUAUUUCAAUUGAAUUUUUCGAAUAAUACAAUGGAUUUAUCCGAUAUAUUUGGAAAAAUGUGUCAAAUUUCCCCAAAAGGUCAUAGUUUUAAUAUAACAGAUCAAUCACAUCUAGAGUAUCUAUUUUUCUACCUUGGAAGCGAAGCACUUUCAAAAAAUAUAAAAAUACGAGCUCUAAAUCUAUCCAAAAACUACAUCUCCAUCAUUGACAAUCUAAACAAUCUCUUAUGGUUUCUUCCUGACCUUAAAACAUUAGAUCUUUCACAAAAUCCAAUUAAUUUUCUUCCAAAUUUAAAUCCAGAGUUCUCUGGAAUAAAUAUAAUUGCACCAUUCGGUAUUACAAGACCAUUUAAUCAGCAGAAUUCUGGUUGGCAGCAACCAAAUCAAAAUUUUAUGAACCAAAAUCCAUUUGGAUUUAAUCUUCCGAUGGGUUAUGCACCUCCACCAUAUGCAAAUUACCAACAAAACAUGUAUCAGCCUCAAAUGGGCUUUUAUCAACAACCUUUUCCAAAUCAGGCACAAUUCAACCAAUAUCAGCCAAUGAUGGGUUCGCCUCAGCCAUCGUUUCAAUCUUCUAAUCAAUCUUUUGGUAAAUCUGGGUCAUGGAAUGGAAAAUCACGUUCUAAACACGUAAAUUCGAAUAAAGGACCUAAAACUGUGAAAGUCACAGUGACAGUAGACCCAAAUAAUAAUCCUGAUGACCCAAAUUACGUCCCAAUUCACGAAUGGGGAAAACCCGUUGAUAAUUCAUUACAAAAUCAACAAAAUCUGGUUCAACCUAAUUUAGCAAGAAGAGAUAGCAACGACAAGCCAUUUGAUAUCUCAGGAGGAUACAGAAGACGUCCUUGA